AGCGCCAUAGGGCGGCCGUUGCAGUGAAGGAGGAGGGGGGUGCGCGCGCAGGGGCGGGAGAUACCAGUCACGGGAGGAGAAGGGGGACACUUCGGUUUGUGAGAGCGGCUACGGGGCCUGAGCAGCACGGACACAGGACAUACCGGAGUCGGCACGAGUCCAUGGAGAGGCGAGUCUCCCCCGGCUCACACACCCUCCUCGCCCGCAGCCUCCUCUAACCCCGGGCCCGGCUCUCCUCCUCCUCCUGCGGCCGCGGUGCUGCGAGCUCGGCCGGUGGCGGCUCCCUGUGUUCGGGUGUCACGGUGACUGCAGCGGCCGGCAGGCAGGGAGGAGCAGCCGCCGCCUCUAUGAUGAAGUUCAAGCCGAACCAGACUCGGACCUACGACCGGGAGGGAUUCAAGAAGCGAGCGGCCUGCCUGUGCUUCAGGAACGAGCGGGAGGAUGAGAUCCUUUUAGUGAGCAGUAGUCGCUAUCCAGAUCAGUGGAUUGUACCAGGUGGAGGAAUGGAGCCAGAGGAAGAACCAGGCGGUGCAGCAGUGAGAGAAGUAUAUGAAGAGGCUGGUGUAAAGGGGAAGUUAGGAAGACUUCUGGGAAUAUUCGAGCAGAACCAAGAUAGGAAGCAUAGAACGUAUGUUUAUGUUCUCACAGUGACAGAAGUACUGGAAGAUUGGGAAGAUUCUGUGAAUAUUGGAAGGAAAAGAGAGUGGUUCAAAGUUGAAGAUGCCCUCAAGGUCCUCCAGUGCCACAAGCCAGUACAUGCAGAAUACUUGGAAAAAUUGAAAUUGGGGUGCUCCCCAACAAAUGGAAAUUCAGUGGUUGCCCCUUUAUCAGACAGCACUGCUCUGUAUGUUACUUCUGCACAGACUUCUGGGCUCCCAUCAACUGUGAGAUAAACUGUAUAUCAUGGCAUAGCCUCUGGUUCGCACUCAGUAGGGAGAAUGGCCUUUGUUUUUUUUGAGCAGACAUCCUUAUGAUUAGUCCUGGAUUCUUGAGCAAAAUGUUCUGUUUUGCUUUCUAAUUUUUUUAUUUUUUUUUUCCCUUCAACAAUUUGACAAGUUUGUUUUUAUCACUGUAAAAUAGUAUUUCAUCAAACCAAAGCCAUGGGGAUUUUUUUUUUCUGAUGCCUUUAAUAGUCACCUUUUUGUCCAUCUCAUAUCCAUUCAUUCAGUUGCUAACAAAAGAAUGUUUUGAGUUUUUUUUUUUUGUGUUUAAACACCUUCACAACUGCUCUGUUUCGCUAGGAGGACUUGAACCAUUUGUGGAUGUAAGUUGGGCCUUUUUAUGCUAUGCAUUAAAGGUUUUUUUCCUUGAGAGUAGUGUUGCAGAGGGAAUGCAGCUGGAUUGUAAAACGUGUGGUCUUUACCAAUCUCAGUACUGGAAAGUCCACACUACAUUCAUGGCUGUUCCCUGCCAUAGAUAUCUUCACUGAAGACCUAUUCUGUAAAGUUAAUCUUUUUUUUAUGUGGAUAUUCCUUUUUUUUUUUUACUGUAUAAAUACUAGUUUCUGCUUAUUCCCCGAAUCCAAUAUUACGAUGUCUGUGUCAUUGGAGGAAAUACAAUGUACAGUUGUUUGAACUGCAAAUAGCAGCUCAGUUGAAUUGUAGCAUACUUCAUAUGGAUUAAUAGAAAGUAAACUUUCUCUUUAUAAUAUGGUGCCAUUCUAUGUACAGUAUGAGAUGCCCUACAAGAGAUGUCCACCUCGUAGUUAUUUCAAUCACUGACUGGAAGCCGUAUGCAGCUGUUUAAAGCUGUCACCGCAGUUUGUAAUUCAUACACUGUUAAACCUGAUUGUAUUCAGCUGAUUAUCGAUCUCAGUGUUCUUUCCUUUGUUGAUUGGCCAUGAAAUAAUGCAGUAAACUACAUUAUCAGCCUGUCUAAAUGUUACUGCAUUCACUUUUUAAAGCUUCUCUUUGCAAGGGCAAAACAUCAAGUGAGUGCCUAAGCCAAUAAAACUGGAGUAUAAUUUGUUCUAA